AAAGAAGAGAGAACACAAGAGCAAGAGGAAGCUUUUGAACUUGUCAGUCCUCGCAAUAAAUAUUUUUUUUAUUUAUGUGGGAUUAUUUUAGAAACUUGAAAAGAGAUCCUAACUCUGUUGUGGACCAAAUCGGUGUGCGCUAAUCUCCACCCCCAUCACAGCGAAGAUGUGUGUAUAUAAAGCUAUAAAAAAUAGAACUGUGCUUCACCUUUUGGACGGAAAAUCUAGAGCCAUCAUUGUUGGACAUCAUUGAGUAGAGUCUUCAUGGAUUCAUUGCUGGGGGCCUUGCUGGCUUUGACUCUGUCGACCCCGACUGUGGCCUUUGUUCCUAUUGGUGGAGGAGCAUUCACUCAUGUCAGCAUUACUGGGACGGCCCUGCUGCAAAAAGUUACAGAUUCGUGCCGGGCGGUGGCUGAGGCAGCCGGUCAUGAGUUCAAACCCACGGGUACUUCUCCAGGGGAGUUGGUCCAGGCCUGUCUGGGUCCCAGAGCUCCAGGAGAAGUGUCUGGUGCCAAAUUCCUCUCAGCUCUUCAAGAGAUCUACACCCAGAACGGUCUUGUGGACCGUGACUUUGUAAACAGUGCUCCACAUCACUUCAACUCUGAAGCUUUCUUAGAGGGACGUGGACUAAUCACUGAGGGUAUGGUGGCCAUCAAGGCUAACAUUCGCAAGGAGAACUUCAAGGCUGCCAGGGAAACAUUGGGCAGAGUUCUUCACACCCUACAGGACUUCUACAGCCACAGUAACUGGGUGGAGUUGGGAUACAAAGAGCCAUACAGCAACCUCAUAAGACCAGAUCUGCCCCUAGAAAGCCUGGCAGAUGUGAACACUCCCACCUGCAGUGACUGCCCCAGUGGAACAUGUCCUAAUCAGAUCCUCUCCAACAUCCUGAAAGAGAAGAAACUCACAUCAGGCUACAUGGGAAUCUUUUCCUCUCAAAAGCCUAAAGGCAAGUGUAGCCAUGGAGGUGCAUCUGAUCUCACCAGCACAGCAGUUCCUCGAGGAGGCAUCAGCAAAGACGAGCGCCGCUCAGACAAUAUGGCGUUUCACAAUGCUGCUGUAGAUGCAGCAAUAGCUGCCAGCCUCCAGCUGUUAGAAGACAUUCGUUUGGCUGCAGGCGACAAUGACUUUUUAAGAAUGAUGGGGAUUGCUCGCUCAUCUGUGGUGUGCUUUGUCAUUGACACCACUGGCAGUAUGUCAGAUGACAUCGAGGAAGCAAGGGCGGUUGUUUAUGAAAUCAUUGAUAGCAAAAAGGGAACACAAGACGAACCAUCUGAGUACAUCCUUGUGCCAUUCAAUGACCCAGACUUUGGUCCCAUGAUCAGGACAACUGAUGCUCAGAAAAUGAAAACAGAAAUCUCUAAGCUCACAGCAACAGGUGGUGGAGAUGCACCAGAGAUGUGCUUGUCAGGACUUCAGCUUGCUCUCACAGGAGCCCCUUCCUCAUCCAACAUCUAUGUUUUCACUGAUGCCACAGCCAAAGACAUUGCCCUCAAAGACACAAUUGUUGCUCUCAUCAGGAGCACCAAGUCAACGGUCUCAUUCUUUAUGACUGGCAGAAGCGGGAGGCGGCGGCGUUCUCUAGAAGCUGCCUCCUUCAAUGACUAUAAGGACUUGGCUUUGGCAUCUGGAGGCCAAGCCAUCCAGGUGUCCAAAUCACAACUCCCCCAGGCUACAGAUAUUAUCCUUGACACCUCAACGUCUGCCCUGGUAACAGCUCUUCAGAGAGCUAUGGUUGUCGGAGCGCAAGCGACUUUUCCCUUUGUGUUGGAUGAAUCCCUGAAAAAGAUAACUAUCUACAUCACAGGAACAUCCUUAACUUUCACAUUAACCAAUCCUGCUGGUGUUACCCAGAGUAACAGUGACGCCAGUGGUGAACUGGGAACCAUCCAGACAGUGGGCAACCUCUGGAGAAUCCGUCUGAAAGCUGAUAAGCAGUCAGGAACCUGGAUGAUAAACAUCAUAUCCAGUGGGCCAUACACACUCAAAGUUACAGGCCAAAGCACAAUUACCUUUAUCUAUGACUUUGUGGAAAAGUUCACAGGACCUCACUCAGGUUAUGCAGUACUCACUGGACGUCCACAAACAGGCAAGCCUGCCACCCUGAUGCUCUCAGUAAUAGGAAGAAAGGGUCCGUCUUCAAUAAUUGUCCAAGAGGUUGGUUUGGUACCAGUGUCCGGUCUUGCGUCAUUUACCAAUGGCACAAUGACUGACAUGGGCAAUGGGGACAUCCUGGUCACGGUUGACGCCAUUCCAGAGGGGGAGUUUGUGAUCAUUCUGAAAGGAGAGGACAAACUGUCUAACAGCGAUUAUCAGAGACAGUCAACUACCCAGAUGUCCACCUCAAAAGUUAAUAUCCAGGCUGCAGUGGACAGCAGUGUUGAGCCAGGUGAGACUUUUAAGCUUCCGUUCAGUGUGAUGACCCAGGGUACUGGGGGUACAUACACCAUCAACGCCCGAAACGACAGAGACUUUCCAAUGAACUACCCAAACAGCAUCAUCUUGUCAACUGGACAGUAUGCUAAAGCUACACUGACUAUUACACCAUCUGCCACCACAGAGUCAGGCACCGAUGUCACUCUGACUAUUGAAGCCAAGUCGUCAAGUGGUGUUGACUCCAAUUAUGCUGUUCUGAGACUGUCUGUUGUCAAGAAGAUCACAGAUUUUAUUCCACCAAAGUGUGAAGUGACAAGCGUGUUGGCAGAUGAUUGCCCUAAAGAUGUUUCGCAGUGUGGACUAUUCCGGUGGGAGCUCUCUGCCAACUUCACUGAUGGAAAUGGGACUGGGAUUGAAAGCAUUUCCUUGAAUCAAGGCAAUGGGAGAUUUACACACACCGCUCUGACUGCUUCGAUUGUACAAGCUUACUACAACGCCUCCUGCUGUUCACAGAUUCUCGAGAUUGUAGCUGUGGAUAAAGUUGGCAAUGUGGGCAAAUGCUACCACUCCAUCAUUCGUUCAGCCGGCUUUUCUGCUAAAACGCUAUCGUUGCCACUGUGGCUUUGCCUUUUGGUAUCUAUUUUUGUGGCAAGGUCUUAAAGAAGUUUGCAGGCACUUAUAAUAAAUGCUAAGUAUUAAAAAAAAAAAAAAAACAUGCUCUUGUUGGGGGGGGGGGGGUUGGGCUUCAGGCUUCUUAUGUUCUGUGGUUUUGACUCAAUAAAAUAUUUAAAGCAGUAUGUUAACCGAAGGCCUUGUGCCUCUGAUUCGUUUUGAUGGCAAACUAACAAUUAUUACACCCCUGAAACAGCACCUUGCCUUCCUGGGGACAUCACCAAGAAACAAUAACCUGCAGGUUGGAUGUGUUAGAUCAUUGCUACAAUAUUGCAACUUGUUUCAAUACUUAAAAGAUACUACAUUAAUACACAGUAAGUACUACAUAUAUAUCUGGAGCAUUACUGAAGGUUAAAACUGCAGUAAAGAUCAAAAACAUUAA